CAACAAUGUUUUUCGACAAGGACGGUCAAGGCAAAACUCCUAUACUCUAAUAGAAGAAAACGGCUUAUUGCAUAUAUUGGCAAGUCAAGAGCAUCGUUUCCUGCGCCAAGAAGAGGCAAGACAUGGUCAAUCCAGCAAACCGUUGGUGAGGGGAAAAUUUGCCGUGUGGGCCCGUCCUGCAGCGUCUUUCACUACCCGCGUGGAAGGGAGAAUGCUCGUCACUCGCCACACUUGUGCCUGGAGCCGCUGACGAAGGAACUGACCGCUGGAAGCCAUGUCCCACCACCACCACCACCACCCGAGGGGUCAGCAGGGCCGCGCCAUGAGCGCCGAGGAGCGAUGCGCCACGCCAGUCCACAAGACCUCCACGCCCACGCACAAGAGUGCCUCCUCCUCGUCCUCCUCGCAGAGGGACAGCCGGCAGGAAGCCGAUAGCUGGGAAAUUAUAGAAGGACUGAAAAUAGGGCAGACAAGCGUCCAGCGCCCCGACAAGCAUGAAGGCUUCAUGCUGAAGAAGAGAAAAUGGCCGCUGAAAGGCUGGCACAAGCGUUUUUUCGUUCUGGACAAUGGCAUCCUGAAGUACUCCAAGUCCCCCAUCGAUAUUCAGAAAGGCAAACUGCACGGCAGUAUUGAUGUGGGGCUGUCAGUGAUGUCCGUUAAGAAGAGAGCCCGCCGCAUCGACCUGGACACAGAGGAGCACAUCUACCAUCUGAAGGUAAAGUCUCAGGAUGUGUUUGACGCCUGGAUGUCCAAGCUGCGUCACCACCGGCUCUACCGACAGAAUGAGAUCGUGCGGUCCCCGCGGGACGCAAGCAUCCGCACCUUCCCUCCCCCCACCGCCAACCUGGAGUCCCCCCAGGCUGCCCCGGCCCCCGUGCACGAGGUCAAGCAGCCCAAGCCCAGCACCUUGCCCUGGCAGCCAACUGUGACCAGCACCAGUCUGCCAGCCUCCUACAGCAAUGGCCAGAGCAAGGUGGCCGCCUGGCUACAGGAGUCCGAGGAGAUGGACAAGUGUGCAGAGGAGCUCGCACGCUGCCAGUCCAGCCUCAUUGAGCUCAGCAGGCUGCUGCAGAGUCUGGAGAUCCUGCAGAGGACCCAGUCUGCCCCCAACUUCACAGACAUGCAGACCAAUUGUGUAGAUAUAUCAAAGAAAGACAAGCGAGUGAGCAGAAGAUGGAGAACAAAAAGUGUCAGCAAAGAUGCAAAAAUGCAACUGCAGGUGCAUUCAUUAUCCCAAUCCAGACGGGCCAAAGUCCCUAUCAGCGCCAGCAUGUCCCCAGUGCGGCUGCACUCGUCCAACCCCAACCUGUGCGCUGAGCUGGGGGACUACCAGAACCCCGUGGCCCAUCUGACCGACAGCAUGGAGGGGGCCGGAGACUACAUCAAACUGCAGGAGGACUUCUGCCUCAUUGCCCAGAAAGUGCACUCCCUGCUGAAGUCGGCCUUCAACACGGUGGCCAUUGAGAAGGAGAAGAUCAAGCAGGCGCUGUCGGAGCAGGAGCAGGCUGGCCAGUCCACACAGAUCGUCACCCUCAGGCGCUCUUUAUCACAGGCCCUGUCCCAAAAUGCUGAGCUUCGGACCCGUCUGAACCGCAUCCAUUCUGAGUCGGUGCUCUCUGAUCAAGUGGUCAGUGUCAACAUCAUCCCCAGCCCUGAUGAGGCCGAGCAGAUCGUCGUGGGAAUCCCGCUCACGCAGCAAACCUCCAAUGAGAGCCGGCUGUCCAUGUCUGAGUCGGUGUCGGAGUUCUUUGACGCCCAGGAAGUGCUUCUGUCAGCGAGCUCUUCGGAAAAUGAGGCAUCAGACGAUGAGUCAUACGUCAGCGAUGUGAGCGAUAACAUUUCCGAGGACAACGCCAGCGUCAAUGACAACGUCUCCCGACAAAUUGCCAACGGUGACCUGGCCGGCGGGGCCUUCCGUAAUGGACGCCGCUCGUGCCUGCCCGCGCCCUCCCCGGACACCAGCAACAUCAACCUGUGGAACAUCCUGCGCAACAACAUCGGCAAAGACCUGUCCAAGGUGUCCAUGCCGGUGGAGCUGAACGAGCCGCUCAACACUCUGCAGCACAUGUGCGAGGAGCUGGAGUACACCGAACUGCUGGACAAGGCCGCCGACACCGAGGACCCCUAUGAACGCAUGGUCCUAGUAGCUGCGUUUGCAAUCUCAGGAUAUUCAUCCACGUACUACAGAGCGGGAAGCAAGCCAUUCAACCCUUUACUUGGAGAGACGUACGAAUGUAUCCGGGAGGACAAGGGCUUUUGCUUUUUCUCGGAACAGGUGAGCCACCAUCCACCAAUCUCAGCUUGUCACUGUGAAUCCAAAAAGUUCACCUUCUGGCAAGAUGUCAGAUGGAAAAAUAAGUUUUGGGGGAAAUCGAUGGAAAUCCUUCCCAUUGGGACCGUUAACGUCAUGCUUCCAAGCUAUGGAGACCACUACGAGUGGAACAAAGUCACCACCUGUGUGCACAACAUCCUGAGUGGGAGGCGGUGGAUCGAGCACUACGGCGAGAUCACCAUCCGCAACACCAAGAGCAGCGCCUGCAUCUGCAAGCUCACUUUUGUCAAGGGGAACUACUGGAGCUCCAAUGUGAACGAGGUGCAGGGCUUCGUGAUGGACCAGGAGGGGAAGGUGGUGCACCGGCUGUUUGGGAAGUGGCACGAGGGGCUCUACUGCGGCGUCCCGCCCUCUGCCAAGUGCAUCUGGAGGCCAGGCUCCAUGCCCAUGGACUACGAGCUGUAUUACGGCUUCACCCGCUUUGCCAUCGAGCUGAAUGAGCUGUGCCCCGUGAUGAAGGACAUGCUGCCGCCCACCGACGCCCGCUUCAGGCCCGAUCAGAGGUUCCUGGAGGAGGGUAACGUGGAGAUGGCGGCCGCCGAGAAGCAGCGCAUCGAGGACCUCCAGAGGACCCGGAGGAAGUGGAACGACGAGAACAACACCAAGUACCAGCCGCGCUUCUUCAAGAAAGUUGUGGAUCUCAGCCAGAGAGAGAGAUGGGUGUCCAACAAUACCUACUGGGAGCUUCGCAAAGAUCCCGGCUUCGUGAAGAUGGAGAACCCUCAACUGUGGUAGCACUUGGAUGGAUGCCUUCCUGCGCUCAACAUAUCAUCAUCGCCGACAAAAAGAAGCUUUACCUAUGCACAAUGAUGUUGAGAGCUGCGAUCUCUAUGUCAAGGCUACAUGCAUAAAACGUUGUGUCGGACUGCGGAACUGAGCGAUAACUAACCACAGCCACCAGCCGAAGGCCUGCAGCAUCCAGUCUUGUUCAACGCAGUCUCAGACUGUGCCCUCCCCACUAACUCGCAGAAAACAGGUUGGUCAGGGCAGUCCGUCUAAGGCCACCGUGUAGAUCUACCCCCUUGAGACCAUGUCAGGCUUUUGAGUAUUUCCUUGCCUUAAAAGAAAAACACACAAAAAACAUGAUUAAAACAAAGUUGGCUUACCACCACUACUGUCACACACUUUAAGCUUUUUGUGACCGCUCAGUUGAUUUGUUACAGCGCUAUAUGGGUUAGGCCAGUGUUUGAGCUUAGGUCUCAGUGAACUAUACCUACAAUAUAUCAUGCAUGUUUAGAAGGCAGCUUUUUCAUUGGCAUAUGCUAAAAUGACUUGUCACCUCAUUUGUAGAUUUAAAAAGUAGUGGUAUUUUUGUAAAAAACAACAAAAAAGAUGAAGAAAAGUGAACACAUUAAAAUGAUAAAUAGGUAUCCAACAAAUGUGUGAGCCUUACCCACAGGCAACAGAGCCUUGUCCGUGAACCUCUAUCAUAGCUGUACUCUCUCUUGGAACACGCGGCUCUGGUUUGAUUGUUGAGAAUGUUCUGUGGAGUACACAAGUGGACACUAGUCAUGUGUGCACAUGCACCCAACGUUUGAUUUAUCCCAAUGACGCACCCAAAGAAUUAGAUUUUAUUGUAAAUGAUGUUGAGAGCUGAUCUCAAAGACAAUGUGCAGCUCUGUAGUUGCCAGCAGACUUCAGACCUUGUCCCUCUUUUGCCUCUAUGAACUCAGCAUUUGGACUUCCACACAACAUCCUCUGCUUCUACUCUGCUUUUUUCUGUUUUUACACUAUACAAUUUGACGUAUAUCCACCAGGAAAUACCAGAGCCGUAUAUACAGUACCUGUAUACUGUAUACGGCUCUGGGAUAUACAUACCACUGGGUCCCCCUGCUGGCUGUCAGUAGGUACUACAUAAAGAAACAGAAGGCAGUCAGAGAUUAGGGACUUAAACCACAUUCUGUAUUCCAGGCACACAGAGGUCAGAGGCUUGGCAGAUAACUGGCGUGAGGGAAUCAUACAGAUAUAGAAUAGAAUUUAUGAUUUUCAUAAGCCAAAGAAGAAAGAAUACUCAAACAGAAAUGUGAAUGUUAAAUGAAGAAGUUAUAUAUACCAGGAGAGUUUAUGGCCAUGAUACAAGGAUUUACCAAAACGACCAGUGUACAGGACAUUUGAUUUAAAGACCUUUCCAUCACCACUGCCUUGCAUUUUUUUUAGAUACACAUUCCAUGCUUUUUUUACACACAAUAGUUUUGGAAACUACUAUCGUUUUUAACAUGCUUUAGUUUACUACGGAAUCAUUAUUUUCUGAUUCUUAAAUACAUGUAAAACAAAACUUAAAUACAACAAAUGCUCAAAUUGAUCAAGACAUCAACCAUACAUCUAAGCAAGCGACGUAUACAGUUUUUUUUUUUUUUAAUUGUUAUAGGCUUGUGUAAAUUAUAUUAAGGACCAUAAUCUUCUUGUGUUCUGUAGAAUGUUUUGUCCUUAGGUUACAGGAAAAUACAUCACGGAUAUUAGACAAGUAGCCUGAUGUGUUAAGUACUCAAUUCCAUACAAUAGCUUCACUCAACGCAGUGUGUUGUUCACUGUGUUAAGACAUGUUUCACUGCGUCAGCUCCACUUGCUGUGCCUUAACACAUCUACUGAACACCGUUUGACCACAGACUCUUAUGAUCCAAUAACUAGGAGAGUGUUUCCUCAACUAACACUACCGCUUCUACAUAGCUUACCGGCUCUCUCCUAAAGCAGUGUCUGUAACAAUGGGAUGAACAAAGCUGGACUUGUGCUCUCUACACCCCAAAUGGCUGAUUCUACUAAGUCACAUAAAUCUUCCCUGCAGAGCAACCACUCAUUGGCCUAAGGGUCAUUUUUCUUGAAAAUUGAAAGGGAAUUCCAGUCAUGCUGUCCAGUGUGCUUAUAUGUGUGCCACACGUGUACUUGAUCAAGGUGGUGAAGUAUAGAAAGACUUGUUACUAUGUAUAAUGGUGGACAGACAACGCAGUGUACAUCAGCUGCUGAUUCCAGCUCUUGAUGCGGUCAUUCAUUUUACAGAUGAGUAGUGAACAGCAGUUAUCAAUACUGUGUUCACUGUGCAGAAGCAUCAGGGUGCAUUGCCAUAUUGUGGCAAUGGUUUUGACCAAGGAUGGUAAUGACGUGGUAAUAUGCAUAUUUAUUGGGAGUUGAUUGUUGAUUGAACUGCUGUAACGAAGACUUCAUAUGAUGAUCAAAUGUUGUCCAGUUAAGAAUUUUAUAUUUUAAGACAUUUUGGCAUCAAAUAGUUUGCUGUAUCUGAAGUCAGAUAAAGUCCUGUUGCUGAUCUUGGUUAACUAAAGCUAAGCUAAGGGACUCAGUGUCUGAUUAGUCACAUUGUACUGUUCCUUAUAUCUGCAUGUAUAAAAGACAUAGCCUGCCAAUGAAUGUUGCAAAUGCCUUACAAAAAUAUUUUGUUUGUUUGAUUUUCUUGUUUGUGUUUUUCAAUUGGGAGUUUUUUUCACUUUGGAUUUCCCCCUUAAGCAGACAUGCACAAUUGCGUGCUGUGAUGGGCUGUCAUCUUUGUUACAUCAAUCCAUAUAAUGAUGGGUUCCCUCUGAAGAAGUGCAAUUGUAUAAGAACAUAUCUUUCCAUGAACACUGUACACUGCUGCUACAUAGUGCUUGUUCUAAUAUAAAAAAAAAACAACUAUAGAAAAAAAUCAUGCCUCCUGUUGUUGUAUUAGUGUGGGGGACAUCAAGUGUUGACUGCACAGGCACUCCAGUUAAACAAUUUCAAACAGCUGACAAGAUACUUCCAGAUAGACAUGUGUUUGGUUCAUUUCUAUGGUGUCAGAAAUCUGAGUACUUGAUCAAGGAUCAAGCGUCUUCUGUUGUCAUUUACAAACAUGUAUUAGCACAGUACAUAACCGGAUGUAAUUCAGGAAAAAAAUUAAUAAAAUCAUGUAUCUUCAA